AUGGAGUAUGUGGCUGCGCCACAUCCACUUCCCUUCGAGGCCAAGCUAAGGCUAAACCAACACUUCCCGGGGGACUUCGCGGUCUUUCUGGACCCCGAGAGCUUUGUCGCUAUCCACAAGUAUGUCGACAUUCGCAAGAUCCAGCCCUCUGUUACCCCGAAGAGCAAAAUGCUCGUUCAUGUUUCCCGCCGUUAGUGCUGGGUGCUGGCUUCGUUUGGGCUCCUGGGGGAAGGGGGGCUGCGACUCGAAGGUUUCAAUGGGAUUUUGGUGUGACAUGGUAUUUUAAUCUGUUGUUUGAUGUUCAAGCUGGAAUACCACUGAGGAUUUGCGCAGCUGUUGUAGUGGCGUUCAGGCGUACCGAUGUGUUGGAGGUUGGAUUCGAUAUGUGUUGGUUGGUAAUAGUUGGGGCCUUGUCGUGCUUUCCGACUGCUGACUCGGGUGCUAACUUU